AUGGCCUACACAAGUUUUUGGACAUGUGCAAUUUUUGCAACAUUGAUGCUCUUUGUCAAUGUGAGCACUGCAUCAGGAGAACACUGGUGGGGGGUAUACAAAGAUGUAGAAGAACUGGUUACAGCACUGGGUACUGCACAGCAUAUAGAACAGUGUACUCCACCCCAUCGUAUACUCAAUAUUACUGCUGUUCUGGAUAUAUUGGAACUGCACCACAAUGUGAACGUGGGUGUCUAUCCCUGUCCUUAUACAUGUCUUACGGAACGUACAGUGAUAGUUAACUCCACUUUUGUUGGUGGCACUGCUUUAUACAGCUGUAGUCCAGGAUACAGAGUUGAUGGAGCAGCUGUUCUGACCUGUCAAUCAGACAGCAGCUGGAAUAACCCAGUUCCAACUUGCAGACGCGCGUGCCCUGUUCUUGAUGGAAUUGCUGAUGGCAGUGUUAGUAAAACUGAUGGGGACUUUGUUGGGAGUGAGGCAAGAUAUUCUUGUAAUGAUGGAUAUGGAUUGGUUAGAGAGUCAACAUUAACCUGUUUGAGUAGUGGAGAGUGGAAUGGAUCACCUCCCAAUUGCUACAAACUGAUCACAUGUCCUCAUCUUGAUAAUCCGACCAAUGGUUUUGUGACUUUGAAUGUCCCCAACGGAGUAGGCAGUCUCGUUAGUUACAGAUGCUCGGCUGGAUAUGCUCUGGUAGGGUCUGAUUCCAGGACCUGUCAACUGAAUGGAACCUGGACUCAUUCUGAUCCUCAGUGCAAACGUAUCUGUCCCACACUGAGUGCACCACGCAAUGGAGAUGUGAAUGUCUCAGACUAUUUUGUGGAUGGAACUACUAAUUUUACUUGCAAUGAGGGAUUUGGAAUGAUUGGGAUUGGAAAAAUAAUUUGUGAAGCUGAUGGCCUUUGGAGCCAGCAACCUCCAGUUUGUAAUCCUGUGUGCUCUGUUCCCACUAAACCUGACAAUGGCAUCAUCGUGAGUGAUGGACCUUACUUUAUUGAGAGCAAUGCCACAUUUGCUUGUGAGGACGGGUUCGGAGUUAAUGGAAAUGGGAACAUAACUUGCUUGUCUGAUAUGACUUGGAGUGGUAUCUCACCAAUUUGCGACCGUGUGUGUGGGCCUCUGAAACAAGUUCUCAAUAGUACAUUGACUGUUGACUCGUAUUUUUACAAUAGCGAAGCAAUAUACCAGUGCAAUGAAGGAUUUAUCUUCAAGUUUUCAGGGUCUCAAACAGAAAGCCGCCUCACAUACUGCUGUCUACAUGCUGAAUAUUCUGAUCACUUGCUGGAGUGGGUUGGCGAUUAUGAUGUGGUGCCCGAUUGUGAACCUGUUGAAUGUUCCACACGUCGUUUACGGUUGAGAUAUGGAACGUUUUCCAUGACUUCACACUACUAUGGUGGAAUUGUUACAUAUGUGUGUUCCUAUGGAUACAAGCUGAGCAGUGGACCACGAACUAGAAGAUGUUCUAAAGAUCGUAUAUGGGAGCCAAGGAUAAAUCCAUCCUGUACAGAGGUUCCUGGUAACUGCAGCAGUCUUCAACAGAUAACAGCUCCUGUCAAUGGAGAGGUUUUGAUCACCUCUCAUCUCUAUGGGGGGUCGGCCAGCUACAAAUGCAACGAUGGGUUUAUGCUCAUGGGGGAUGGGAUAAGGAAUUGUACGGAGGGUGAGAGUACAGUGAAAUGGAGUGGAAGCCAACCUCUGUGCUUGAAUACUGAGCCCAACACUGAAAGCCCUGAGGACAAUCCUGAGAAAGCCCCAGAGCAAAGAAGUAUAUAACAAUCUGACUUGAUGUAUGUAGCUAUACUAGUACUAUUAGUUGCUGACGACUAUAAUUUUAGAUGCUGAUUAUUUGCUAUUUGCUUUGUAUCAACCUUUCACAGUUUAAUACUUC